AUGGACGACUUAUUUUCUCAUAUUACUGGCGAUAGUGGCCCUGCUAUGGAUAAGGGGAUUAGCGAAUCCAAGCCCAAAAGGAAAAAGCGAAAAGCAGGUGUGGGUGAAGCAGCACCUAGCACGGAGGUUGGUGGCGAAACGAAACCGACGUUACAAGACGAAGAGGCAAGUCCUGCUGAGCCAGCCGUCAAAAAGCAAAAAAUCGACGCUCCAGAAUCUGUCGAAGUGGACGCUGUCGAGGUACAGGCAGAACGCGAAGUCGCAGUCAGCCAUGGCUUGACCGGUCAGGAGACGUCGGAACAAGGGGGCAGUUUGAAGCUCACUCACCAGGUUCGACAUCAAGUCGCUGUUCCUCCUGGAUAUCCAUAUACACCUAUUAAGGAGCAUGUUCCUCCAGAGAAACCAGCACGGGUCUAUCCCUUCACAUUAGAUCCAUUCCAGCAACUCUCUGUGUACGCUAUUGACCGAAACGAGUCUGUGCUGGUUUCUGCACACACUAGCGCCGGCAAGACAGUUGUUGCCGAGUAUGCGAUCGCAAAAUGCCUGAGAGACAAACAGCGGGUGAUUUACACCAGUCCAAUCAAGGCCCUUAGUAAUCAAAAGUACCGAGAAAUGUUGGCCGAGUUCGGAGACGUUGGACUUAUGACAGGGGAUGUCACCAUUAAUCCCACUGCUUCAUGUUUGGUCAUGACCACCGAGAUUCUCCGUUCAAUGCUAUACAGAGGUUCGGAGAUCAUGCGUGAAGUUGCCUGGGUUAUUUUUGACGAGAUCCACUACAUGCGAGAUGCUGAGCGUGGCGUUGUUUGGGAGGAGACUAUUAUUUUACUCCCUCACACCGUUCGAUACGUUUUCCUUUCGGCCACAAUUCCCAACGCCAUGGAAUUCGCUCAUUGGAUUUCUAAAAUACACGAACAACCCUGUCAUGUUGUUUACACCAACUUCCGACCCACUCCCUUACAACACUAUCUCUUUCCUGCUGGCGGUGAUGGCAUCUAUCUUGUCGUCAACGAAAAAAGCGAGUUUCGAGAAGAUAAUUUCCAGAAAGCAAUGGGCAAAUUGGCUUCGAUGCAAGGUGAAGACCCGGCAGACCCACUGGGCCCUUCGGACAUUUAUAAGAUUGUCAAGAUGAUUAUUGCCAAAAACUUCAAUCCAGUCAUUGUGUUUGCAUUUAGUAAACGUGAAUGCGAAGCGCUCGCUCUUCAAAUGUCUAAACUGGAGUGCAACUCGGAGGAGGAACAAGAGAUGGUCCAAAACGUAUACACAAACGCUAUUGCGGCACUGUCCGAGGAAGACCGAAAGCUACCUCAGAUUGAGCAUUUGCUGCCGUUGCUCAAGCGUGGUAUCGGGAUCCAUCACGGAGGUCUACUUCCUAUCCUCAAGGAAGUCAUCGAAAUUCUCUUUCAAGAAGGACUCAUCAAGGUUCUUUUUGCGACGGAAACAUUUUCAAUCGGGUUGAACAUGCCAGCCAAAACGGUCGUCUUUACAGACGUGGAGAAAUUCGAUGGACGGGGCGUUCGUCCGCUAUCUUCUGGAGAGUACAUUCAAAUGUCCGGUCGUGCUGGACGUCGAGGGUUGGACGAUCGAGGAGUGGUAAUUAUGAUGGUGAACGCCAAGCUGGAACCCGCGACGGCCAAGGGAAUGGUCAAGGGCGAGGCGGAUCGGCUCGACUCGGCUUUCCAUUUGGGAUACAAUAUGGUUUUGAACUUGAUGCGGGUGGAGGGUGUAAGCCCCGAGUACAUGCUUGAGAGGUGCUUCUAUCAGUACCAGAAUGGCACCAAGGUUCCUGCCUUGGAGUCUCAGCUUACGGAGUUGGAGGAAAAGAAAGCCGAACUGGUCGUACCUGAGGAAGAAUCCAUUAGUGAAUACUAUGAGAUUCGAAACCAAUUGGACGAGCUUGGAAAGGACUUCCGGACCGUUAUUACGCAUCCAACAUAUGCAUUGCCAUUCUUGCAACCUGGACGAUUGGUCACAGUCAAACAUGGUGACCAAGAUUUUGGGUGGGGUGUCGUGGUUAAUUUUACACAGCGAGCUGCUCCCAAAAAUAACAAAUCUGCAAUCACUGCGUUUGAGUCCCUUCCACCCCAAGAAAAAUACGUUGUGGAUGUGCUCCUCAAUUGUGCCAAGGGAUCCACGACGACCGGUAAUACCAAAUCGACUGAAGCCACCUCUUCGGGGGCGUUUAAGCCAUGCCCUGCUGGGCAGGAAGGGGAGCCACUCGUAUGCCCCGUGCUUUUGUCAACGAUAGCAAGCAUCAGUCACAUCCGUGUUCAUAUGUCGAAAGACUUGCGUCCCGUUUCUGCACGAGAGACCCUGUGGAAAGUUGUUACCGAAGUCAAGAGGCGGUUCCCAAAGGGGAUCGCCCUGUUAGAUCCUAUUAAUAACAUGAACAUCAAGGACGUAAAGUUUAAGGAGCUGGUCGAGAGAAUCGCUACGCUAGAGAGACAGCUCGAAGGACAUGCCUUACACUCUGACCCCCGGCUGCCUACACUCUACGACGCAUAUGCGCAGAAACAAGAUCUCAGUGCUCAGAUUCGGGUCCUGAAAAAGACUCUUGGCGCUGCACAGGACGUAAUGCAGAUGGAUGAGCUCAAAUGCCGAAAGCGAGUCUUGCGCCGGUUAGGGUUUGCGAGCACUGACGAUGUGGUCGAGAUCAAAGGCAGGGUCGCUUGCGAGAUUAGCACCGGUGAUGAACUGCUCUUGACCGAGAUGGUCUUCAACGGGGUAUUCAACAGCCUAUUGCCGGAGCAAUGUGCCGCACUAUUGAGCUGCUUCGUAUUUACUGAAAAGAGCGAACAAGCGACGAAACUCAAAGAGGAACUUGCUGGCCCGCUGAGAACUUUGCAGGAAAUAGCGAGAAGGAUCGCCAAGGUAGCAAAGGAGAGCAAAAUGCCUGUUGAUGAGGAGGAGUAUGUACAGAGCUUCAAGGUGGAGCUGAUGGAUGCAGUGUUGCAAUGGUGCAGGGGUGCUAAAUUCGCUGAUAUCUGCAAGAUGACGGACCAAUUUGAAGGCUCCCUCAUCCGUGUGUUCAGACGUUUGCAGGAGCUCAUCCGCCAAAUGACUCAGGCCGCACACGCGAUCGGAAACACCGAGCUCGAGGCCAAGUUUACAAAAGCGAGCGAAAUGCUCGAGCGCCAAAACUCAGUCAUCUUCUGUUCAUCUCUGCUCGAAACACUCAUGACAAAUUCUGCCCCACCAUCAGCAUACACCCCAUCCUCAGACUUAAGAGAUGAGGCACCGCCAGCUUUUGAGUCCAGUUCUUCAACACCUCGGGCCUUCAUUGAUUCCAAGCCUCCACUUGAGCCACAGUCUAGCAACGAAGUAUCAAUAUCUGCCACCCAAGCUUGUGCUUCGGGGGGUCAAAAUCCUGAGCCUAGACCUCCACCAGCGCUUGUUAUCAAUGGCAAAACAACUCAACCCUAUGAUCUGGUCACUGUGUACGAAGUCAAAACUCACCUAGUCUUUCUGGGAGCCUUUGCACGCCUCAAGUCAGAGAUAAAAUCUCAGAAAGGCGUUGAUGUCCGCGGCUCGACCGAUGAGCUAUGGGCGAUCUACUUGGCCCGAGCCGUUGAUCGGUUCGCAGCAUGGCUAUCCAAGGGCCUUCCAGUCGACCUGGACGCAUCAAACCCAAGGUUGCUGAGCGAGGACGAACUACCUCCAUUGGAUGUGCUAAUGGCUUGGCACGCAUACUUGCUGAAUCCAAGGGUAUAUUAUGAAGAUGGACUGACCAAAAAAUCACAAUUGCUGGGUAUAUCAGGGUUUCCUUUCAAUCAUUUGAACAAGAUCAUAGAUGUCGAUACGCUAGCCGCCCUGCACCCAUCUCUCGAGAGGCAGAAUCGUUUUGAAUCUCUUACUGGACAACCGUGGUGCUGUCCAUCAAACACGACUAUUGCGAACACAAUGUUUGUUCCUUGUCCAAGAUGCGAAAAAUCCACGCUAAAUGAAGUCUGUUGGAUCACAAAUGAGAAAACUGGAUUUGCAGAACACGGUUUCAAGGCUCGAUGUCAUAUUUGUAUGGGAGUAUUUAAUCGAGAAGACAUGAUGGUUCGAGGUUUGUGUGACGAUAUUAUCAAAGUACGGAUUGGUUUGACUCACCAAUCAAGUAAUCCGGAGCAAAAGCCCUAUAUCUCUGGCACAUUGUUGGAUUGGAGAACUGGGAAACCGAACCCCGAGCAGGCAAUGCGUAGUAAUGACAUUUUGCUCAAGGCCUUCUUCACACCAGCAUCGAUGAAGUUUACGCGCGGAGAUUGGCUUGCAGGAUCGAUAAACUAUUCCAUCAAGCAGCUAGAGACCUCUCUCAAAAAUGGGUUAAGUUUAAAAGGAGGAGGAUCACAGGUUACUCGUAUUUUAAGCUACUACCGAUGCCCAUACUAUCCUUUUUCUAUAGAGCUUUGCGGCGCGAUAUACGCGAUGUUCAUCCAGAUCCUUCGCCAAGGAGGUUUCAUCGACAAGAUGCUUGGAUUAGGCUGGACAAAGCCUCAGGCAUUUGAUCAUGACUGUACCGUAAUUCAUCGAUGCAUCGCCCGCUAUCAUGCUUGGCUGGAUGUCAUGAGCCAGUUAAGUCGAAAAAUGCUUGUUCCGACGCUUGAUAUUGAUCUUGCAUGGCACACCCAUCAGUUGAAACAACAGAGCUACCGGAUAUGGACUUUAGAAGUCCUGGGACAGUUCAUUGAUCAUGAUGACAAGGUCGAAGAGAACAAGCUAUCAGAGGCAUACGAGCAGACAGCGAAGUAUUGGGAACAACGAUGGGGUGUCCCUUAUCAUGUCUGUGGUUGCUCACGCCCACCAACACACAAGCCUUUCAACCCAGGCGAAUCGAUUUCACGAAUAUUCCGGGGAAAGGGCAAGGCCGUCGAAUUCUCCAACUCUCGCCCGCAGCUUAUUUCCACCCAUGAAUGCGAUGCGCCAACUACGCAUCCUUCUGAGCAUAAUUCUAUGAUUAUCACGGGACAGCCUUUGUUCCAGAGUCGCCGUAAUAACAGAGCACUUAUGUACGCCAAGUGGGACAAGCAGAUGAAGUCGUAUGUGGACAAGGGCAAAGUUCCGCCAGAUGGAUGGGAAGCAAUGAAUGUGCAACGAUCUGCAGGACAUGGUCGGGGAUUUAUGCCUCCCAUGCCAGACCCUAAUCUGUAA